ACCCAUUUUGCUAUUAACGUUUGGAAAAGUCACCGGCUUGCCUGCACUCAAGAUUGUUCGUCCGUUGUCAGUAGAAACCAGGUAAUUUGUGAGGAUUUGAGUGUCUUUUUUCUACCUUUCUUUGUUGUGAGAAUGUCUUCUGAAGAGACACUUAGCGACGGCAGAGUGAGGGGAAGGGUUGAGGAGGCAGAGAGUAGGGAUUUGGGGGUGCCGUCGAACAUUCUAGAGAGAGAGGAUGGGAGAGAGCCGUGUUUCAACCUUGAGGAGGAAGUUGUUAGUGAGGUGGCUGGGUAUGAAACAACUUUGGAGAAUAGGGGUAGUUUGGCCCACUUGGUUGAGAACUAUGGGGUGCCCGGUCGUGUGUUGGUGAGGCCGGCGGGGAGUAGAGAGAGGGCGUGUUCGGCCCCGGGGGACCACUGGAUGCCUCUCUACUCCCAUUACCUAGCGGCUGGGUUGCGGUUCCCUCUCCCAGACCUGUUGGUGUGGUUGUUGUUGGAGUAUGGUCUGGGGUUAACGCAACUCACCCCCAAUGCCGUGAGGCAGAAGGGGUGGUACUAUUUUACGGGCCGGGUAGCAAAUAAGCAGAGGAGGGUUUUGUUUAGCGCCGGGCCGUCUUCCAUUAAGGGGUGGAAAGAUAAGUUCUUUUUUGCGGAUAACACGGAGUGGGAUAAGACUGAUGCUGAGAGGAUGUUAGACGCGACUGAGAUAUAUGGGCCGAGCUCACAGAAGGGAGAAAUGAACAAGUUUUUGGACGCAGCUGGUGGAGCUGGAAUUCCAAAGAAGGGAAGAGGAAAGAGAGGCGAAGUCAGGAGGCGGGGGGAGGAGAUUUCGAUGCCUCAAGCCGAAGUGGGAAACUUGGCCAUUUCUCAGCCUGGCCACGUUGGGGGUGAAGUGACGGUUGCUGAGGAGGGGCCCAUUGUGGCGAAGAGGAGGAGGCUGGAGAGACUAGAGGCCGUGGAGGAGGUAGAAGAGGAGCAAGGGUACAUCCGAGCGCAGAUAACUAGCUUUUAUGACUCCGAGAUGAGGAGCACAGCAAAGAGGUUCAUCAAUACUUACUUCCCGGAGGUGGACCGCCAGCGUGCGAAGGACGAGGUGGCUGCCAGGGGUUCAGUUGGCGUUGUCUGUCAAACGCUGGAGGCUGUUAAUCUCGUGAAUGUUUUGGCCAACGAGCAUCACAAGAGUUUGAAAGAGAGGAACCAGAUGAGGAAGGACAACGCUGAGCUCGUCAGGAAGAACAAGGAGGCCGAGGCCGAGGUGGCGAGGUUGAAAGCGAAGAUGGAGGAACUCCGGAAAGAAAAUGCCACCUUCAAAAAAGACUCAGAGAUCUCGUACCAGAAAAGGAAGAUAUGCGAGGCUGAGCUUGAGAAGAGGGAGAAGGAGCUGGACGAUGCGGGGAGGGCAAUGGCUGAGUUGGAGCUCAAGGGUUGUGUCACGGAACGCGAGCUAGGACGCCCAAGACAAGGGUCACAACGCCAGGAUUGCGGUGCAACGCAAAGAAGUCAAUUUUGUACCGUAUCGGCCGGUAUGGUCGAUCUAUUUAUGUUCUCCUUCUUCAUCACGAACGAUGAACGCCACACGCCGCACGUCGCGAACGUCUUCCUCAACCUGUCGCUGGUGGGUUGGAGAUUCAAUGAAUGCUUCGCUUCCGUGAUUACAGGCUAGAUCUGCUUCAUCUUCUCCCCAUUUCUGGUAGCUGCCGAACCCUUCUGCUUUGGUGAUUACCGGUGAUGAAGGUGGAGGCUGUGAUGAUGAUGAGAUGCUCAGCAAGGGGAUGGUGAAGAUUCGAGGUGAAAGAACGGAGGUGAUGGUGGCGAUGGUGGAUCUGCAGAAAGGAGAAAAAUCAAGUUUUUUUUUUUUC